AUGAGUAGUAAUCUGAAGAUAAGGGAUCCAAGUACUCAGCCAAGACAGAGAAUGCACACAACGGGUGCAUUUUUCGCAGGAGAUCAAAAUGGGAGCAAUAUACGUUGUGUGUUUUGUGAUGCAGAACACUUUUCCGCCUCGUGUGAGAAGAUUAAAGAUCCACAAGCCCGAAAGAAUAUUUUGAAGAGACAAGGACGUUGCUUUUUAUGUUUGAGAAAGGGUCAUCGAAUAAACCAAUGCACCUCCAAUAGACGAUGCCGCAAAUGCCCAGGAAAGCAUCAUCAGUCAAUCUGUGAAUUUAAUUCGAGUCGACCACCACAGGACCCAUCGAGUCAACCACCAGAGAACAAACCUGGGCAAGCUUCCACGACUGGAGCUGUUGUCAAUGAAUCGUCAAAUGGUACAACCACUACAUCUGUGACAAGAAGUCAAACGAGAGUAUUGUUACAGACAGCAAGGACAUAUGCAUAUUCCAAUGAAGGUUCAGAAGUCUUACCUGUCAGAGUGCUCAUUGAUACUGGAAGUCAAAGAUCGUACGUCACAACUGGUCUACAGCAAAAGCUUGGUUUGAAACCCAUCAAGAAAGAAUCAUUAAAUCUUAAUACCUUUGGUGAUGCCGGUUUCUCGAAGAAAGACUGUGAUUUGGUCCAAUUAACGCUACAAGGAAAAAAUGGCCAAGAUAUAAAGAUCGCAGCCCUGAGUUUUGGUAACAUAUGUUCGCCACUACCUGGAACAGUAAACCUAGAAAGCUAUCCUUCGUUUUUAGAGCUGGAUCUUGCCGACUAUAACACAGCUUCAAAUAGUAAUGAUGACAUUGAUGUUUUAAUAGGAUCGGACUACUAUUGGGAUGUUAUAACCGGACAUGUCAUUCGAGAGAGUAAUGGACUGGCAGCAGUCAGCAGCAAGUUUGGUUGGUUGGUUUCGGGCCCAGUACAAAAUACCAAGAAUGGGGAUAACCAUGUAACAUCCAACCUGAUACUCCAACAACCAAGCUAUUCCAUAUUAAAUUAUGAGCAACCAUCCAAUUUAACUGAUAGUUUGGCACGUUUUUGGGACAGUGAGUCCAUUGGCAUAGUUGAUUACACUGAAUCUGACCACCAAAGAAAGGAAUUCUUGAAGGACAUUGCAUUUGACAAGACCGAAGGAAAAUAUCAAGUUGAUCUUCCCUGGAAGGAGGAACAGACUUUGCAAAAUUCUAAUUUUGGACUAUGUGUAUCUCGAUUGCAUCAUCUGAACUCCCGUUUAAGUAAGGAAGGUCUAUUAGACCAGUAUGACGAUAUUUUCAAGGAACAGGAGAGGACAGGUAUCAUUGAAAGAGUCCCAGCUGACGAAGAGAAUAACAAAGAUGUUCACUUCUUGCCUCAUCACGGAGUUGUGAGAUCAGACAAAGCCACAACGAAGUUACGCAUCGUAUUUGAUGGAUCAGCGAAGGACACUGAUAGUGAACAUUCUAUCAACAACUGUCUCGAGACAGGGCCCAAUUUAACUCCGCAUCUUUUCGAUGUUCUGAUUAGAUUUCGAAGCCAUCCAGUAGCCCUCACUGCUGACGUGGAAAAGGCAUUCCAUCAAAUAUCCGUGAGUACGUCAGACCGAGAUAAGCUAAGAUUUCUUUGGUGGGAAAAUAUCGAAGAUGAGACCCCAAAAAUGGUCCAGUAUCGUUUCCGUCGAUUAGUUUUUGGCUUGACUUCUAGCCCUGCGAUCCUCAAUGGAACAAUUCAACAUCAUUUAUCAUUGUAUGCCUCCUCCGAGCCUGAGGUCUCGAAGCUCCUAGCUAGUUCGUUGUACGUGGAUGAUUUCCCAGGAGGAGCUACACAUGAAGAAGCAGCUUUUGGCGUUUACGAGAAAGCUAAACGUAUUAUGAGCGAAGGCGGAUUCAACCUGCGCAAAUGGCGCACUAAUUCGAAAGUUUUGAAGGAACGAAUUGAUAAGUUUGAGAAUACGGUUGCCACGAAUCAACAGAAUGUUAAUCAAGAAACGUCAGAACACAAAUCAUCGGAAGGUGAACUGUCGAAGAUCAAUCUAUUAGCGGACACAUCGCCUGAACUUAGAGCAGCUGAGAAAUUGCAAGAGAAAUCAUCAGAAGUGAAAAUUCUUGGUCUUAACUGGAAUACCGAAAGGGACUGUUUCAGUUUUGAUGUUGUACAACUUAUAGAAUAUCUGAAGUCAUUGCCACCUACAAAAAGAUCGAUAUUGAAAGCGUCCGCGAAAAUAUUUGAUCCUAUCGGACUGAUCAGCCCAAUAACGGUGAAUCUAAAGAUGUGGUUCCAGGAGCUGUGUUCCAGCAAGGUUGAAUGGGACGAGGCCCUUGAGAAAAAAUGGUUGAAAAGGUGGACUUCCCUGGUGGGCGAAGUCAGUGCACUAUCCGAGAUAAGUGUUCCGCGAUGUUAUUUCCAAAACAAUUCAGAAGGUACAGGAGAACUUCUCAGUCAUGAUAUCCAUGGAUUCAGUGAUGCAUCAGAGAAAGCAGUAGCAGCUGUGGUGUACUUGUUGUCCAAGUAUGCAAACGGAACAAUCGAUGUGCGUCUUAUCGCGUCUAAAACAAGAGUGGCACCACUGAAAAAACAAUCUAUUCCUAGAUUGGAACUCUUGGGAGCUUACCUGUUGGCAAAGUUGGUUUUCUCUAUUCGUUCUGUUCUAGAGUCCCUUGCAUUCAAAUUCGAUGUGUAUUAUUGGGUGGAUUCAUUCACUACUCUGUGCUGGAUUAAGAACAACAAACCGUGGCGUCAGUAUGUACAACAUCGGGUUAACGAGAUCAGACGGUUAUCGGCGAAGGAGAAGUGGAGAUUUUGUCCAGGAGAGUUGAACCCGGCUGACAUUCCAUCGCGAGGGUGUGCCGUAAAGGAACUAGUGAACAACAAAUCAUGGUGGAACGGCCCAGAAUUUUUGAAGGAGAAUCCCGAAUCGUGGCCAAAGUCAGCAACGACAAAUACCAAUGAGCUGGCGGACAAGGAGUUGCUAAAACAUCCACCUGUUGUUACCAGCUCACUUCCUUGUGUUUCGAAGAAUGUAUCUCGUGUUGCCAACUUAGAAAAUAUUAUCGACAUCGAAAGAUACAGUACCAAGAUUAAGUUACUCCGAGUAACUGCAAUUGUGAUGAGAUUCGUGAAAUUACUGAAACGAAAGGCGAAUGUUCCUACAAAGCAUUUAACCAGGGACGAAUUGAGGACGGCAGAAAUUGAUUGGAUUAAGUCUGUGCAAACUUGCUCUUUCAAAACGGAACAAAAUGCAUUAAUGAAAGGCGGUAUGGCUUGCUUACACCAGUUUGAACUACAGCUUGAUACCAAUGGAUUAAUUUGUUGCAAAGGACGGUUGCAUAACGCCGACGUUCCAGAAUCUAGCAAGAACCCUAUUAUACUGCCGUCACGGCAUAGAUUUACGGAACUUUUAAUUCGUGAACGACAUGAAGAUAUCCAUCAUCAAGGCAUUCGUGAUACAUUGAACUCCAUUCGACAGCAAUACUGGAUACUGAAAGGCAGAGAGGCCGUAAAACGAGUUAUUAGAUGA